AUGGAAUUAGCAAGAACAACACUUAGAGGACUUCAUAAUUUUAUUCAAGAAAUUCAUAGAUCACAAAAUCCAGAAGAAGAAAGGAAAUCAGUUGAUAAAGAAUUAGCUCAUAUUCGUAUGGAAUUUAAAACAGGAAAAAAAUUAAAAGGACAUGGAAGAAGAAAAUAUAUAUUAAAAAUGUUAUAUAUUUAUAUAUUAGGAUAUGAUGUUGAUUUUGGAAUUCCUAUUAUUACAGAAUUAUUAACAUCACCUAAAUUUUCAGAUAAACAAGUAGGAUAUUUAGCUAUUAGUAUUUUAUUAUAUGAAGAACAUGAAGCUACUAGAUUAGUUAUUAAUACAUUAAGAGCAGAAUUAAUUGAUUCAAAUCCAUUAAAUCAAUGUUGUGCAUUUAAUGUUAUAUCAUGUAUUGGGAAUAAAGAAAUGGUAGAAACAUUAGGACCAGAUAUUUUAAAUAUUUUAUUUAGUAAUACUAUUCCUACAGUAGUUAGAAAAAAAGCAGCAUUAACACUAAAACAUCUUUAUUUAAAAAAUCCAACAAUUAUUCAAUUAGAUACAGAAUUUCAUGAUAAAUUAUUAAAAUUAUUAAAUAAUCCAGAUUUAUGUCUUGUAUCAUGUGCAGUAAUGAUAUUAUUAGUUAUUGUAGAAAAAGAUCCAAAAUCAUGGGAAGAUGCAACAAGUAAAUUAUUAAAUAUAUUAUCUAAAUUAAUGAAUAAAGAUUAUUCAAGUGAAUAUAAUUAUCAUUCAGUACCAUCUCCAUGGCUUCAAGUUCGUAUUUUAAGAACAUUAAGAUAUAUUACACCAAAGAAAGGAGCUGAAGAAAAUUAUCUUUCUGAUUGUGUUAAAUCAUUAAUAGAUACAUGUGAUGCAAAAUUAAGUGAAAAUACAAGAAAUGCAAUGUUUUCUAUAUUAUUUGAAAUUAUAGAACUUGCUCCAUUUGUUGAAUUUCCAGAAAAUACUAAAUCAAAAAUUGUUAAUAUGCUUGGAACUUAUUUAAAUGCUACUGAAACAAAUUUAAGAUAUUUAGCAUUAGAUGCAAUGUGUUCAAUGUGUACUGUUGGAUGUGAUAAAGAAGUACAAAAAUAUCUUUCAAAAAUGAUUGAUUCAUUAAGAGAAAUUGAUAUUUCAGUAAAAAGAAGAGCACUUCAAGUAUUAUUUGAUGUAUGUGAUAAUGAAUGUUGUAAUAAAAUUUUAACAGAAUUAUUAAGAUUUCUUCCUGUUUCAGAUUUAACUAUUAGAGAAGAAGUUAUUGUAAAAAUUUGUUUAAUUGCUGAAAAAUUUGCUAAAACACCACAAUGGUAUGUUGAUAUUAUGUUACAAUUAACUGCUGUUUCUGGUGAUUAUAUUGGAGAUCAAAUUUUAAAUAGAAUUCUUCGUAUUAUUAUUAAUAAUGAUAGUGUUCAAGUAUUUGCUGCUAAAGCUACUUAUAAAUAUCUUCAAGAAGUUGCUUGGAAAGAUGCAUUUAUUAAAAUUUCAAGUUAUAUCUUAGGAGAAUAUGGAAGUCUUGUUGUUAAAGAUAAUAUGAAAAUUGCACAAAAUAUUUUUGAUAUGUUAAAUGAUAAAUACCCAUUAGUUAGUUAUCAAACUAAAUUAACUAUGUUAUCUGCAUUUGCUAAAUUACAUGCUACUUUCCCUUGUUUAAGAGAUCAAAUUAAAUCUUUAUUUAUUAAAUAUUCUUCAUCAAGUGAUGCUGAAAUCUCUGAUAGAUGUCAAGAUUAUUUGUUUAUGACUUCUAUUGAUGAAUUAGAACCUAUUGUAUUUGAACCUAUUCCACCUUGGGAAGGUUCACAAGAAGGUAAUGAUGGAAAAAUUGUUGAUGGUGAAGUUACAGUAACAGAAAAUAGUGCUGAUGUUGUUUCUAGAAAUACAAAAGAAACAAAUAGAGAUGAUGAUCUCUUUAUGUUACUUGGUGUUGUUGAUCCAAAUAAGAAAGAAGAAGUCCCAAAGAAUAAUGAUUUAUUUAAUAUUUUAACUUCUCCAGUUUCUACAAAUCAACAAAUAACUUCUUCUUCUUCAUUAAAUCAAUCAAUUCAACAACAACAACUCUCUAAUCAACCUAAUGAUGUAUUUGAUUUUGGUGGAUCUGAUAUAAAUCAAAUUCAACAACAACCUAAAGAAGAAAUAAAUAUUAAACCAAGUGAAAAUACAGAAAAAUAUGAUGGAUGUGUAUGUCAUAAUAUUAAAGAACAAAUGGAAAAUAUUAUGAUAAAUAAUCAUAACAAAUUAAUUUUAGCAUUUGAAGGAGUAUUAUAUCAAGAUGAUACUAUCCAAAUUGGACUUAAAAGUGCAUUAGAAUCACCAAUAUGUAAAUUUGCAUUAUUCUUUGGAAAUAGAAUUUCAGAAGAAGUUGAAUUAAAUUAUAUCAUUGAAUGUCCAAAUGGAUUAACAUGUAAUUCUGGUGAAUAUAAUGGAAAAAUUGGAAUUAAAAGUCAAAUUCAAUCUAUUGCUCAAUUUACAAUCUCUGGAUUUUAUUAUCAAUCCCCAAUAAUUAAUAUCACAUAUAAAUCAAGUUCAAUUAAAAAUAAAAUUGCAUUCUCACUCCCAUUAACUGUAAAUGCAUUCCUUGUUCAAGAACCAUUAGAACCAAAUAUUUUUAUGCAAUAUUGGAAUACUAUUGGUAAUACCACUGAAAAGAAAAGUAUUGUUCAAAUGAAACAAAACAAUACGAUUGAUUUACCAACAAUUCUUGGUGGAAUGAGAUUUAUUUGUUUAGAUGUGAAACCUGAACAAAUUGUUGCUUGUUCUUCAUUCCCUUCUUUCCAAAAUAUUUAUGUCUUAUUGAGAAUUGAAAUUAAUAUUGCUUCAAAUAAGGCGUGCAUUUAUGUCAGAGCUCAAGA